AUGUCUGGGCCUGCUCCUUUAGGUGCCUCCCUGAAACCUGUGGCUAUCCAUGCUCAAAAAUGGACGCGUCUAGAGAUGGACAGCUUGUUUUCCUGUGAUGCAGCCGAGUCUGACUUGAAGCAGAAUGGACACCACUGGAGUUCAGACCUGUCUCCUGGGACAGUUCAGGACAAAGAGGCAGCUGAAGUGGAUUUUAAAGGUGCUUUUUGUAAUAAUUCUGCGUCUGAAGAGCUGAAUAUAAAAGAGUGUAAACCUGCAGCACCUGAGCAGCAGGAAGUGACAUCCUGUGAGACCUCAUCUGUCUUUCCAGCAGAAACCUGCAGCGACGACCAUCUGCCUGUGUCCGUGAACCUAUCAGAGGACUGCUCGCUGGACGUGCUGAGAAUCGUGAAACACAAACCUAGUGCCAUUGUGUUCUGUGAUUAUGGCUGCAGUUCUGACAGCCAGGUGAUUGAUGUCAGUGAGAGCUCUGAUGAGGGCGAGGCCUCCUCCUCCACGUCUACAGGAGAGGAGAGUGAUGAUGAUGAUGAUGAUGAAUUUCCUGAGACGUUACAAUAUAGGGAAUUCCUGGUGAGUCGCCAUCGUCGAAGCCUGAGCAGGAACAGGAAGUGUUUGAGGAGGAAACCGGAUGUCCUGUUUCAUGGCAGCGGACGAAAGAGCAGCAGCAAGAGCAAACCUGAGCUGACGGGCAGCAAGGAUGCAGAGGAUGGACAGCAGGCGUGUGACUCCAUGACCUUGCUCAUGAAAAAGUUGGAUAACCUCAAUGACGGGAACCAAGAAGUCCAACCUGCUGAUUCCAACCACUCACACACAACAGAGGCUGAUCUGGAGCAGCAGAGCACCACAGGUGCUCUGGUCGUGAGCAGGGUGGUGAGUCAAGCGAGUAAGGAUCACGGGGUCUACAGAUGUUUGGAAAAACCUGAACUACUUAUCAGAAGUUGCCCACGACCUCUGACCCGUAGCAAACCACUGACUCGCUCUUCCCUCUCGUCCCCGGCACAUCUCCAAGCUCGACGCGCUCGGGUUGCUGCCAGGAUGACCAGUGGAUCAGCAGAGAUUGAGGCUAAGGAGGCUUGUGAUUGGCUUCAAGCAGCAGGAUUUCCACAAUACGCUCAGCUCUAUGAAGAUUCCCAAUUUCCAAUCGAUAUUUCCUCAGUCAAAAGGGACCAUGACUUCCUGGACCGGGACCUGGUUGAGCCUUUGUGUCGACGUUUAAAUACUCUGAACAAGUGCGCCUCCUUGAAACUUGAUGUCAGCCAUCCUAAGAAGAAAAGUGAUGAUUCUGAUGAAGAUGACCCACUGGCCAUCAGUAAAAGGUGGACAUUUGAGUGGAGCAGUCGUCGCUGGUCUCGCCUUCAAGACCUGCUGUCAGACAGCACCAAUGAGAGCAGCCCGACAGGACAAGGGGAGGGUCUUCGAAGCACUGUGAGUAGCGAGAGCGUGCUAACAGACUUGAGCGAACAGGAGAUCACAGAAACCUCCUCGCUCCACAGUGAAGACUCAACCUCCGCUAUGCCCGACUCAAUAUCUAUGGCAUCUCUCUCUGCUUCCUAUCAACCACCGAGGGAACUUCCACAUUACAACUCCCUACCAAUCAAAGGCAGUCGCCAUGGGCAAGGAGGACGAAGUAAAGCCAAAGAAUUUUUGCGCCGAAUGGAAUUAAUGCGCACUUGGGGGCCAUCAACAAGGAGGAAAGGCUCAAGUCGGAGGCCGCCACUGGUCAUCAGUGGGCCAGUGUUACAGGGAGAGGAGCCUCAGGCACUUCAGGUGCUUCAUUGCACUCCUAUCAGCCAAUUACAAACCAGUCCAAAAGACAACGAUCAAACUGAUGGUGAUGAAUCCUCAGUUUUUUUCAUUGACAACAGUAAAGAGCAGAUCACACCGAGUGUGAGCCCCAGCAAUGAAACCAUGCUUCUCAGUGUUCAGGAACCUGCAUGUCCAAAACCUCGUACUGCCAGCAAGAGAAGCAGCAUGUACCUGGAGGACAUGGAGUUACUUUCUCAGGGUAAGAGGACUGAUGGGCAGAGUCAGUUUGGCAGAAGCCACUUUCAUUCAUAUGAAAACCUCCUCAUUCAUAUCCCCAAAGACCAUAAACCGGGCACUUUUCCAAAAGCACUGUCCAUAGAAAGCCUGGCACCUUCUCCCAGUGACAGCAGAAAUGGCCCCCAGUCACAUGCUCAAACUGGAAAUGGACUGGGCAAACCCUGGUCUGGUAAACCGUUAUUGAAACCAGCCUGUCCUGCAGCUCCACGGGGCAGCAGGGUGAGUGUUUAUGACAACGUGCCAGGCUCUCACCUGUAUGCCAGCACAGGAGAUCUGCUGGACUUGGAGAAAGAGGACAACCUUUUCCCCCACCUGGAUGACAUCGUCCAGCACGUCAGUGGUUUGCAGCAGAUAGUGGACCACUGGAGCCGCAAGGUGCUACCUGAGGGGGAAAUGGGGGAGGAAGAUGGGGAGGGCAGGACCACCCCCAGCGAAGGUGAGAGGGACGCAGUCUCCUUAAAUGACACAGAUUCAACAGGGACCAGUCGGGAGAGGCGGGACUCUGGAGUUGGGGCCUCCCUCACAAGACCUCGUCUACGAUGGCCCAGUUUCAGAACUUCAGAUCAUCUCAACCAACCAGCAUCUUCACUGCAGAUCAGCAGCCAAUCAGCAGGCCAGCUCAGCCUGCUACAGAAGUUUUCUUUGCUUCGCCUCACCGCCAUCAUGGAGAAAUACUCCAUGUCUAAUAAACACGGCUGGACGUGGUCUGUGCCAAAGUUUAUGAAGCGCAUGAAAGUGCCAGACUACAAAGAGAAGAGUGUGUUUGGUAUUCCCCUUAUAGUCCAUGUCCAGCGCUGUGGGUUUCCUCUCCCCCUGUGUUUACAGCAGGCCCUCUGCCACCUCAGAUCUCACUGUCUGGACCAGGUGGGAUUGUUCCGUAAGUCUGGUGUGAAGUCUCGGAUCCAGGCUCUGAGGCAACAGUGCGAGUUCUGUCCCGACUAUGUGAGCUACGAGGAUCAGUCGGCUUACGAUGUGGCCGACAUGGUCAAGCAGUUUUUCAGGGAUUUGCCUGAGCCCGUGCUUACAAGCAAGCUUGGGGAAACCUUCCUGCAUAUUUACCAGUAUGUUCCCAAGGAGCAGAGGCUACAGGCGGUCAGAGCGGCCAUUUUGCUGAUACCGGAUGAAAAUAGGGAGGUUCUGCAGACGCUGCUCUACUUCCUGCGUGAUGUCACCUCCCUGGUGGAGGAGAACCAGAUGACACCGAUGAACCUGGCCGUUUGUUUAGGGCCAUCGCUUUUCCACCUCAGCAUCCUGAAGAAUGACGCACUUUCACCAAGGUCGAUCCAGAGGAAGUACACCACCGGUCGGCCGGAUCAGAAGGAUCUGAACGAGAACCUGGCUGCCACUCAGGGUCUGGCACACAUGAUCAUUGAGUGCCAGCAUCUAUUUCAGAUCCCAGAGGAAAUGGUGACCCAGUCUCGAAAGUCUUACAUGGAGGCUGCUCUGAUGGUACCCCCACUGGACGAGCUGUACAAGACUCACGAGGAGGAGGAAGUUGACGAAGAAGUGGAAGAAGAGGACGAGGAAAGUUCCUAUCAUGCGCACUUAGAAAGGCUGAUCCAGAACCUGCUGAAAGAAGCCAAAGAUAAAGGCAAAGGCUGGGUGUCCCGCCCGUCUUCUGACCACACAGAACUUGCGUUUAAAAAGGUUGGUGAUGGUAACCCUUUAAGACGGUGGCGAGUUUCUGUCGAGGUGUCGGCCGCCCCCUCUGAGGUGCUGCAGCGGCUGCUGAGAGAGCGGACGCUGUGGCACACUGAACUACAGCAGGAGAAGAUCCUGGAGACCCUGGACAGACAGACGGAUGUAUAUUAUUACUCCUGCUGUAACAUGGCACCUCAGCCCGUUUGUGACUAUGUGGUACUAAGAUCAUGGCGUACAGACGUGUGUAAAGGCUCCUGUGCACUGGUGUGCGAGUCUGUUGAGCAUGAGGACAGUCCACGCACCGGAGCUGUGAGGGGGGUUGUGAUGGAGUCACAGUACCUCCUCGAACCCUGUGGGAUGGGGAGGACCAGGCUCAUGCACAUCUCCAGAGUUGAUCUCAGGGGAAGAUCUCCAGAAUGGUACAACAAGGCUUUUGGUUAUCUGUGUGUUAAUGAAGCUCAAAGGAUCCGCUCGUCUUUUCUCCCAUUAGAUUUGAGUCCUGAAGCCAAGAUCUGA